AUGACCAUGUUGCAACAUCCUUUGGUGUAUGUCUUCGGAAUCUUAGGAAACAUCAUCUCCUUCGGAGUCUUUCUUGCUCCAAUACCGACAUUUUAUAAGAUUGUGAAGAAGAAAUCAACUCAAGGAUUUCAAUCGGUUCCAUACUUGAUCGCACUCUUUAGUUGCAUGCUAUGGAUUUACUAUGCACUAGUCAAAACCAAUGCUUUCUUCCUCAUCACAAUAAAUUCUAUUGGAUGUGUCAUAGAAACCAUCUACAUUGUCAUCUUCCUUAUCUAUGCAACCAAAAAUUCCAGGAUUUUGACAGUGAAAAUACUGGUUUUGUUGAACAUUGGAGUACUUUCAUUAAUUGUACUUCUCACCCACUUCUUAGUGAAGAGCACCUCAAAAAGGCUAAAAAUUCUUGGAUGGAUCUGCCUAGUAUUUAAUAUCACUGUCUUUGUGGCACCUCUAGGUGUAUUGAAACAGGUGAUUCGAACAAAGAGUGCAGAGUUCAUGCCUUUUCCACUUUCCGCUUGCUUGACCCUCAAUGCGGUUGCUUGGUUCUUUUAUGGUUUGUUGCUUAAAGAUUACUUUAUCGCGCUCCCAAACAUCCUUGGUUUCGUCUUUGGGAUCAUCCAAAUGAUCCUCUAUUUUAUCUACAAGAACCACAAAGAUGGCCCUAAGCAACAGAUGGCCAUGAACUCAAUCGUAACCGAUCCAAAGGACACAAUCGAUGCGGCUCAUCAUGGUUUGGAGAAUCCGGUUUGCAUUUCACUUCCUAUUUCACAAGCAAUUGUGCAGGAAAAUCAUCAACGAGAUCAUUCUCAACCCUCAUUUGGUCAAGUUUAAUUAAACGGUCACGGUCACGGCACAGUCACGACACGGUCACGGUCACGGUUUCACGAAGGAGUUUCUAACAUUAGAUGAGGGUUUCCAGUCUAAUAAUGUUAUAAGCUUGUAUGUUAUCACUUUGAAAGCCACAACUUUGGCUAUCCAUCUUUCUUAUGAAUAAAAUCUCUAUUUACU